CGCGCUGUCGGACCCCUGGAGGGAGUUCGAGGCCAUUUGGAGCGCAUACUGUCGGGGAGGUCCCGUUUCACAAGAAGUGCACGGUUGACGCAAAAGAUCGGGAGGCCAUGCUUGUAAUAUUAAGAGGAAUCCUGCUGGGGGCGCUGUGCACAGCCUCCGGUGUUGCGCUGACAGAGGGCUCGAACACGUCCGAGAAAGGAAUCACGUUUAGCCACGUGUACAAGAUCGACUCUGGCUGCAAGCAGGCCAUGCUGCUCUCACAGGACCCGGCGUCGGAGAGUCCGAUCAUGGCGGUGGACGGCGGGAAUGACGUCGUCUUCAAGCACAACAUCCAGCUGUCGUCGGCCGGCUGCGCCUGCGCUGACUCGGAGGAGUUCAAAUCUCUCCUGUACCGUCUCAACGGCCUGGAGGAGGAGGUGACCUACCUGAAGACUCAGUGCGCUCAGGGCUGCUGUGCAGGAAGCCCAGGCAUGGACACCAGCUGCAGUGGCCACGGCACCUACCAGCACGACUCGUGCAGCUGCAGGUGUGACCCAGGCUGGACGGGUCUGGACUGCUCCACGUCUGCCUGCCCUGAGGACUGCAACGAUAAUGGCUACUGCGUGGACGGCCACUGCGUGUGCCACGCCGGCUAUGCCGGCCACGACUGCAGUCUGCUGGCGUGUCCUGACAACUGCAGUGACAGGGGCCACUGCGUGGACGGCCACUGCGUGUGCCACGCCGGCUAUGCUGGCCACGACUGCAGUCUGCUGGCGUGUCCUGACAACUGCAGUGACAGGGGCCACUGCGUGGACGGCCGCUGCGUGUGCUUUCAGGGCUUCUCGGGGGACGCCUGCACCGAGAAGCGUUGCCUGGGUGACUGCACGGAAAAUGGUCGCUGCUUGGACGGACGGUGCAUCUGCGACGAGGGCUUCUUCGGGGACGACUGCUCCAUGGUGGCGAGUCCGAAAGGCCUGCAUCUGGUGCGCGUGACGGACGUGUCCCUGCUGGUGGAGUGGGAGCCCGUGAGGGGAGCUGAGUACUACGUGCUGUCCUACCACCCAGAGGGAGAUGCAGGAACCGCCCAGAAGGUCCAGGUGCUGAACAUGGAGAACUCCUAUCUGAUCACAGGCCUCAAGCCCGCAGUCACCUACAUCGUGCAGGUGUACGCGGUCAUCAAGGCCCAGAAGAGCGACGCGGACCGGAUCCUGGCUACCACAGGUGUGUCUGGUGUGGAAGGCAUCCGUGUGCUCGGGCAGACGGAAGACUCGAUCCAGGUAGACUGGCAGAACCCUGAGAAUGAGGUGGAUUUCUUCAAACUUCGUCACACUAGUCCCACUGGCCACGGGGAGCUGGAAAACGUAGCACGGAGCCAGGAGGCUCGGACUGUGCACACCAUCGUGGGCCUUAACCCAGGAACCGAGUACCAGAUAUCAGUGCAGGCAGUCCGAGGAAACAGUGAAGGGAAGGCGUCACUUGCAAGUGGAGUCACAGAUAUCGAUGCUCCGACUAAACUGAUCGCGAGGGACAUAACCGAGACCUCCGCCAUGGUGACAUGGGACAGGGUCCUUGCCGAGAUCCACGGCUAUGUGCUGACAUACAGCUCGGCCGAGGGCUCCAGCCCGGAGAUCCAAAUCGGGGCGAACGCCACCUCCUACCAGUUGGAUUCCCUGAAGCCGGGCGUCCUGUACACCAUCUACAUCUGGGCGUACAAGGGCCCUCAGUUCAGCAGAAAGACCUCCACAGAGGUCGAGACCGACCUGGAUGCUCCUACUAACGUCUUGGCCAGAGAGGUGACCGAGGACUCACUGGAGGUGUCGUGGGACAGAGUGCAAGCCGACGUCGACGGCUACAUGCUGAGCUACAGCUCGCCUCACGGCUCCAGUGAGGAGCUGCAGGUGGGAGCAGACAGCACCUCCUACAGGCUCAGUAUGCUGAGGCCUGGAGUCGUCUACACGGUCUACGUCUGGGCCGUCAAGGGGUCUCGCUACAGCAGGAAAGCCACAGCGGACGCAGAGACAGACAUCGACGCCCCCAGGAAUCUGCAAGCGGUUGAUGUACAGGCGACGUCGGCAGCGCUGACGUGGACGGCCCCUCAGGCUAACAUCCAGGGCUACGUCCUCCAUUACAGGCCUGAGGACGGCAGCGUGCGGAGUGCUGAGAAGAGACUGUCUGCAGGAGAGACUAGAUACGGCCUUUCUGGACUGGCCGUGGGGAAGAAGUACAUCGUGACCGUAACAGCAUACAGAGGCACAAAGAGAAGUAAAGAAGUGGAGACCACGUUCAGCACUGUGGGAAUCGUCCACCCCUUCCCCAUGGACUGCGCACAGAUCAUGGAGAACGGAAACACAGAGAGCAGGGUGUACACCAUCUAUGUUUCCGGAGACCGGAGCAGGCCGGCACAGGUGUUCUGUGACAUGACAACAGACGGUGGAGGCUGGAUCGUUAUUCAGAGACGCAACUCUGGCAAACUGGACUUCAUGAAGCGUUGGAAACAGUACACGCAAGGCUUCGGGGACCUGAAUGACGAGUUCUGGCUCGGCCUGGAGAAACUCCAUGAGCUGACCAACACUCCCACACAGUACGAGGUACGCUUCGAUUUGGGCCUGGGGGCUGAGCGCGUCUAUGCCGUCUACGAUCACUUUCAGAUUGCGCCAGCCAAGCAGAAGUUUAAGCUGACUGUUGGCAAAUAUCGAGGAAACGCCGGCGAUGCAAUGACUUACCACCAGGGUAGACCCUUUACCACCGUGGACUCUGACAAUGAUAUCGCACUGGGCAACUGUGCCCUUACUCACCGGGGAGCCUGGUGGUACAAAAACUGCCACCUGGCUAACCUGAACGGCAAGUUUGGAGACACCAGACACAGCAUGGGGGUGAACUGGGAGCCGUGGAAAGGCCACCUCAUGUCUCUGGACUUCACCAAGAUAAUGAUGCGUCCUGUGGGCACAGGCAGCCGAAAGAAGAGGUCACCGCAGAGAAGGGCGGCUGCCUAAUGUUCCACACUGGCACACGCAAAAUGACACACGCAGCACACACAAACAUGACACAUGCAAACAUGACACACA